AUGAGAAAAGGAAGAGGCGUAUUUACGUUUGCACAGAAUUUCAGCGCGUCCAAGAAAUCAAGGAGCACCAAUUUUGGAAGUUACCAUUCUUCUGACGGAGAAAACGUAGAUAUGAUUUUUUCAAAAAAGAGUGAUGUUUUGAAAUACCAAGGGCAUAGAAAAAAUAGUGAAGAUAGUUUUUAUGCCUAUUCGAAAAGAUUUGUUAACAUUCUGAAUAACAUAUUUUGCAUAUUAUCAAUCAUAUGUUCUUGGGGAACUAUAGAUUCACUCGUUCAAGUAAUUUCAGGAAAGGAUGUUUACGUUUCUUUGGUCUGUUAUUUGAUAAUUCUUUUAGUGGCUGUAAUAACUGUAACCUUAUACAUUUUAUAUGUUGAUAGAAAUUACCGACCUUGUGACUUUUUUUGA